UCAUAUUGACUUUGCGGGGCCUUUUGAAAAUCGAAUGUUUCUGGUUGCUAUCGAUGCCCAUAGUAAGUGGCCAGAGGUAGCUAUCAUGAAAUCAACCACAUCGGAAAAGGCAAUUGAGAAGUUAGGGGAGAUGUUUAGUCGUUUCGGAGCCCUGCACAACUCGUCUCAGACAAUGGCCCCCAAUUUGUGUCAAAAGAAAUGGUUGAAUUCCUGCAAGCCAAUGGGGUUCAACACAUUAAGUCGGCUCCCUAUCACCCGGCAACCAACCGCCUGGCAGAGAGGUUUGUGCAGACCCUCAAACAUGCUCUCAAAGCAUCACAAGGGCAAAGUACACUCCAUCAGAGACUACACGAAUUUCUCCUCAAAUACCGAACAUCUCUGCAUGCAACUACCAAAGUAUCGCCAGCGAGCCUCAUGUUUUCUCGAGAGAUACGAACUGGCAUGGAUCUUCUGAAACCACCAACCCUGAGUGAGAUUGUUCAAAUGGAUCAACGGAAGCAAGUCAAGUACAGAGACCUGCAUUCCAAGAACCGAGUUUUUGCACCUGGUGACUCUGUUAUGGCCCGGAGUUACCAGAGUAAGGAAAAGUGGGCCCCUGCCACCAUCAUUGCUCAAACUGGGCCUGUUUCCUACACCGUUCAGACAGCUGAUGGUGUUUGGCGUUGCCAUGUGGAUCAAUUGUCGGGAACAUCAGACAAUACUCCAGAACGGUCUAUUGAUUGUGAUGAUGCUAGCAGUGUAGUUAUACCAGAAAUGUCUAGCUUACCGGAUGUGUCAAACCCAAACAAUCCUGCUGUAAUUGUGUCUAAUUCAACCAAUGCACAAACGGAACCUGAAACAGUAUCGGAACCUGUUUCCACAAGUGGGAAAUCGGAAGUGACUGUUGAACGUCGUUAUCCUGCACGCGACAGGCGACCGCCUGAUAGAUUGGAUUUAUAAGUAAUAAAUAAUGAGGGGAAAACAGGAGGUAUUUUUGUGUUUAUUUCUGGGACAUGUUAUGUAAGGGGGGA